GUUUUUUCAUUUUUAAACACUCCUAACUCUUCAUUUUCCCACUUUCUAACUUCCCUUUCUCUCUAAAACCGCCCCCCUCUCUACAUAUACCCAUUUUCUACUCUCCCCAUCUCACUUACACACACUUUUGCCCCCUCUCCUCUUUCCAAGUUUGCAUUGCAUCAAGAGCAUCUCACUUGCACCCACUCACUCCAAGUUCAAGCUUUUGUGCAGAUGCCUGCUAAGAGAGCAAGAUAUCCCACAAGGGCCGCAGGGUCCUCUUCCACUUCCCAGAACUUUGACCGCUCCCGCUUCCUUUCGGCAAAAAAGGAGGAAUUCUAUCAAUCCGUCCUAGCACACAAGGGGUGUGUGAAGGAGCGAGGAGUAUUUUAUAGGGAUGGAAGGAGAGACCCCCUCGGCAUGCAAGAGACCAUGGAAACAAGGAGGUGGGGGAAUUGGGUGAAUCCAAUUCCUAUUGCUUGUGAAGUCAUGGUUAGGGAAUUCUAUGCGAAUACCUACUGUGAUGAUCAAGACGACAAACCGGAUCCCCCUACCUACUUGUCUUGGUUUAGAGGUGAUGUGGUUGACUUUGGAGCGGAAAGGAUUCGUAGCUUCCUUGGCCUUCUCACGUAGCAUGGAGAAUACCAUUUUCCCAUGGAAGAGUAGGAGUACCUUCCACUACUUGCUUUCAGAUCGUUCUUCUGAGUUCUUGAGGGAUUUGAAAGUAGUGGUGGUUAGGCCUGGACAACAUUGGGAGAAGGAUGAUAGAGGUUACCCCACCUACUUGCUGAGACAAAACAUGACACCGCUGGCUCGUGUGUGGGCUGAGUUUUUGCAGGAUUCCUUGUUCCCUAGCUCCCACAAAUCUGAAGUGAGAGCGAUGGUCCUAAUUGCAAUUUAUUGCAUUAUUAGGGGCCAUCCCAUGGAUGUGGCGAUGAUCAUUUCUGAGAAGAUUUACUCACACUACAAUGUGGGUAAGGAGAAGCCACGUCCUAUCUUUCCUCACUUGAUUACUGCUUUGAUCCAUGAUGUUAGGGAGAAGGCUAGGAGACCUGCAUUUCCUGUGCAGCAGAGGUUGUUGGUUUCCCCCAUGCUGAGCAAGGGUCGGGUGAACCAACUCUUUCAAGAUUGGAUGUCUAGGAUGCCUCAAGAGGAAGAAGAAGAGGAGGAUCCGACAGAGCCAGCGGAAGAGGAAGAAGAAGAAGAGGAGAUUAAUGAAGUGGUGAAUGAGGUUGUUACUCCACCUCAUGCUGAUCCUUCACCGGCUUGGAUGGAGGCCGCUUUCGGGCGGAUGUUUUUGAGGCAAGAUCGCCUUCACCGAGAUCUUGAUCUCCACUGGAGGGGAGGAAGCACCUCAGAUCCUGGAUACCAAGGCCCAAUGGAUUUCAAUACAUUGGAGCAUGGGAUGAUCGACUUGAGCUUCAUGCAUGAUGCUGGCGUUCAUCCGGAUCAUGGUGAUGGACGGGGCGAUCAUGGUCCCAUGGAGUGAUUGUGAUGAGGUACCUCUAUCCUUAGUUUAGGUCAUGCAUCUUGAGCAUAUUUUCCAUUUAUAGAUUUUGUUUUCUUGUUAUCAUGCAUCGUUUAGUUAAUUGUUUUUAUUUGUUUUGGGUCUUUUACUUCCCUAUACUCACAUGUUUUUGCCUGCUAGUUGUGCUACCCUACUUGUGUCAGUUUUGGAAAAUUUGUUUCUUUUUGGAUACUCAAGUUGUUUUGGGGAUGAGUGAUUGUAUGUUUGGGGAAGAGAGGAGGAGACUUCAGUCUUCCGAGUGUUUCUUUAGAAAGGAGUUGGUAUGAGUCCAUUAAGGGUCUAUCUUUGACCCUUCACCAUAAACUUUCUCUGGAGGAUCCUGACUCACUUGCGAUUCUUGGUUCUGUGUUGAUUUCACUCAUAGCAUGCUUAGUGAUUCUUUCUUUAUUCUUGAGACUUAUAGGAUUUCUUGAGAUUCUGAAUUUGUUGGUUGAACAUUAUCCUUAGUUGCCCCAUUUGAGCUUUAUUGGAGAAUUUGUUGUAGCCAAAUGAUUGGGGUGGAUGUUUGGUUGGAUUAUUGGGGAGUGUUGGUCCUUGAUUUGUUGUUAUGGAGCUGAAUAAGUUGCAAAAAAAAAAAUAGUCUCUUGCCCCAAGUAAAAAAAAUUGUUGAAAAAAAAGAAAAAGAAAGAACUCCUAAACAAAUGUUGGAGUUGGAAAAGAAAAGGAAAAAAUUGGAAAAAGGGGGUCAAGAGACUUGUGCUGAAAAGUUUAAUUGUUGAAAGCUCCGGGGGUACUAAGUCGGGACCACACUCAUUGUGCUUUGAAGCCUAGAUUUUCCUUAGGGACCACCCACCAUCAAGGUUAACCAAGCCAACGUUUCAACCUUUUGAAAGUCUCUUUGAAUUUUUGCAUGUUUGAUCUUUGUUGCUAUUUUGUGAAUGACGUCCAGAACCUAUGAACUCGUUUGUGUGCUCAGUGCACUAGAUUUAUAUCCCAUCCUAGGAUUUUUAGUUCUAUAUGCUUUCCAUGAAUGGGCUCAAUAUUCUUCUCUUUUCGAAAAGUUGCAUGAAGUAGGUUGUUGGAUCUUUCCUCUUGGAACUAGCUAUAGUUACUUUGUCCCCCAGUUUUGUGUUGGGUAUCCUUGGUUAGGCACUAGUUUAGGGAGCAUUUCUUGCGCUUGAGGGCAAGCGAGUGUAUUCUACGCUCGAGGGUGAGCUGUCGUUGAGUAUAGUGGUGUGAUGACCCUAUUUUAGUAGUGUUUUUAGGGUCAUUUCUAUGAGUGUUUUGAGUCUUUUUCUUUGUCUCAUGUAGUGUUUCAUGCAUUUUUGUGUUUAUUUGAGUUUGAGUCAAGUUUUAGUAAUUUUAUGGUUUUAUGAGGGUUGUUUUUGCAUUUUUAUAGAGUUUAGGACUUGCAUGAGUUUUGCCAUGAUUUUGUGGGGACUAAGGUGGUAAAAAGCCCUUUGAAUUUCUUGAUUUUACUCCUUGUCUUGGUCCUUUAGUGCUGCAGCAGGUAACUUAUGGAAAAGGAAGGCCAAGAUGCAAAGGAAUUGAAGAAAGCAUUCAAAGGGGGGUUACAAAAAGCUGAAAAGUCACCAAGUUCGUGAAGCUGGCGCUCAAGCGCCCUCACCUGGCGCUCCAGCGCCAGCACUCCAGAAGCUGGAGCCUUGCAUCUGCCACAAGGGCGCUCAAGCGCCCCAGGGCAGCACUUGAGCGCCUGGGGCGCUUGAGCGCCCCAGCUAGACUUUUUUUGCCUAUAAAUAAGGCUUUAGGCCAUUUUGUUCAGAACUUCUGAUUUUUACUUAGAAUUCCACCAAGUAUUGAAGCUUAGUAAGUGCUUUUGGGGCUUGUGUGAGGCUUCCACCUUGUAUUUUCCAGGUUUUCUUUACAUAUCUUGUAUGGAUUCACUAGCCAUGAGUGGCUAGACUCUUCUUUUGCUUUGGGUUCAAUGUGAUUUCAUGAAUUUCUAGACUUAAUUCCUAUCUCUAUGCUCUUGUUCUUGAAUCUACCUUAUAUUUCAAUUCUUUUAUGCAUGAUAAGCUUGGGUGCACCUUUGCUUAAGGCUAAAUUGCAAUCAUAUUGGAAGAUUGUUGUAAUUUAGGGACUUGGGUUGGAAUUGACCUCUCUUGGCUUGCUUCUAGGAAUAGAGUGAGGGAUUGGUUUUGUUGGCCUGAAAAUUGCAGGCUUAUAAACCUCAUAUAAAUGACUAAGUACACAAGGAAUUGGGCUUAGCUUUUAGUAUGGGAGAAUUGCUCAUGUGAGGAAUCAAUGAGUGAAUAUCUAGGCUAUAACAAUAAGGGAAUGAUUCAAGGUUUC